AUGAUUGUGAAGGAGCUAAUGAAACCGAUUAUACUCACCGAUCCCACCACUUCUGCUGCGCUUCUGAGAUUGGCCUUCCACGACUGCCAAGUUGAUGGUUGUGAUGCUUCAGUUCUUCUCAGGGAAGCUGACGGCAGCUCAAGCAUGGAGACAGAAUCAGAUAAGAACUUUGGGAUACGAAAGCUAGAAACGAUCGAUAUGAUCAAAACUAGCCUUGAGCAACACUGUCCUCAAACUGUUUCCUGUGCUGAUAUAAUCCAGUUGGCCGCAAGGGAAGCUAUAUAUCUGACAGGAGGACCAUACAUUGAAAUCUUGACUGGAAGACGAGACUCUUACUCCGGAAGCCGGGAACUCGAAAGAGCUGAUAUAUAA